AUGUUAAGUCAUUUCGCUCUCCUGCACCUCCCCGGCCUCUUUGUUGCCGCAGCCGUGACCUUUGGCGGACUGAUACCAUUCUUCGACGCCGAAUAUGCCAUUCUCGAAUUUGGCUUACCAAAGCGUGUCGCCACCUCUAAACCGGCCCAGGCAGUCAUGAUCCUCAGUUCUGGACGCGUCACCGCAAUCGGACUGAUACUAUUCACCUUCUAUUUCCAGGCAAAGCUCAUCGAGUUCGACACCGUUUUGACUAUUCUCGGCGCAUAUGUCGGGCUUGUGGAUGGCUACGUGUGUGUGCGAGAGGGCGUGCCAAAUAAGGCUGUGUUUCGCACGGUUUCGGGCUUGGCCAUCGCUGCCUGGGGCUUUCUUGGCAUGACAGGCACUACGUGA